AUGGCAGACGGAGAAUCAAUCAGUAAGUUAGUCAUUGAUGUUGAAGUAAAUGAUAAAAAGGCUUUACUUGCUCUUAACGCAUUACAACAGAGAAUAAAGAAUUUUAAUUCUAGCAAUGGUGGUAAAGCUAUUAGUGAUAUGGCUUCCAACAUGGAGAAAAUGACUAGAAACACAGCACAGGCAAGACGUGAAGCUGGACAGUUUAUUGAACAGUUAAAGAAGAAUAAUAAAAACUUAAUGCCUAAAGAUAUUUACAGUAAGUCAAUUCAGCAAUGGCAGAAAGAACUUACUACUGCACAGGAUAAGAUGAAGAAUAUAAUGUCUAAGUCAAAUCCAAUGAAAAGUCUUACUGGAUUGGAAGAUUAUACAAAUAAGGCAAUUAAGGCUAGAAAUGCUAUUGAAGCACUUCAAAAAGCACAAGAAAAGUUUAAUAGUAAUUCACUUGCUAAUUUUACUAGAAUUGAGCCAGCCGAUAAUGGAAAACCAUUAAAGGAAGGUGAAUUUGAAAGAAUAAGAGCAUUGCAAAAUCAAAGUAGGGCUGGUAUUCCAAAGGGAAGUUAUUUCUAUGAAGAAACGGAAGAUGAAUUGGCUAAAUUUGAGAAGGAAGUAAGAGCAGCAGAAGAAUUACAACAAAAACUUAAUUCUGUAUCAAAUAAAGUAAAACAAUUAUCGGCUUAUGCACCUACACAGGUUAAGCCAGGUCAAGAAUUAUCAAAAGAAUACACAAAUCUUGAAACAAGCAUUGAUAAGGCUUCUCAAAAGUUAGAAAAGCUUUAUCAAAAACAGGCUUUAAUGUCAAAAGCAAAUCCUAAUACGGAACGCUAUCAGAAAUUACAAAUUGAUAUUAAGGGUGCAAGGGCAGAAUUAGACGGUCUGGUUAGAAAGAUGCGUGAACUUCAAGAAAGUGGUAAAGAUGUUACAAGUGGUAAAAAAGGCAACUUUGAUUUCGCAAAGCAAUUUGCUAGUUCCAAUAAGGCACUUACAAAGUUUUCUAGUGCUGUUAUGAAAGUAGUUUCAGACCUUUCCAAGAAGUUAAUGAGACCUUUGACAAGACUAGCAACAAUGUUUAGAGCAAUGUUACUUCGUAGAUUUAUCAUGCAAGUGUUUAAGUCUAUGAAAGAAGCGGUAGAUCAGUUAGCACAAUACUCAAAUACUAUUGGAAGUGAUUUCAAUAAGAGUGUUUCUUCCAUUGUAGAUAAUUUUAAGUAUCUUGGAAGAGUAAUUGUUACAGCUUUUGAGCCAUUGAUUAACUUUGCUGCUCCAAUAAUUGAUUUCUUGAUCCAGAAGAUAGUUGAUGCUAUCAAUGCUAUUAAUCAGUUUGUAAAUGCAAUCUUUGGUAAUAGUACAUGGACUAAGGCUAGUUAUAAUGCUAGUAAUUAUGCAGAGAGUUUAGAUAAGGCUAGUGGAAGUGCCAAGAAGUUAAAGCAACAGUUACAAGGCUUUGACGAAUUGAACAACCUAUCAUCUAAUCAAGGUGGUGGUGGUUCUGGUGGUGGCGGAGGUGCUGCUAAUGUUGGAGAUUUGUUUAGCACACAACAGAUUAGUGAAAGUGCUAAAGGCAUGGCAGAACGCUUUAAGGAAGCAUGGAAGAACGCAGACUUUACAGAUAUUGGUGGAGAUAUUGCUGAUAAGAUUACCAAUGCUUUGAAUAGCAUAAAUUGGGAUGGAAUUAAGACAACAGCUAACAAGAUUGCUAAGAGUAUUGCUACAUUCUUGAAUGGCUUUAUCAAUCCAGACUUAUUCGGUGCUGUUGGAGAGACACUUGCAGAAUCUUUAAAUACUGUAUUUGGUGCUGUUGGAACUUUUGCUAAUGUAUUUGAUUGGUCUAAUCUUGGAAAGAGUAUUGCAAGUACAAUAAAUAAAUUCUUUGAAACAUUUGAUUUUAAAGGUGCUGGAAUGACAUUAAUGUCACUUGCUACUGGAAUUGUCAGUACGCUUACAAGUGCAAUUUCCAAUGUUGAAUGGAAUGUUGUUGGAGAGAAGAUUAUAGAGUUUCUUGAAGGCUUAGAUUUUGCAAAACUUAUUGGUAGUGCAGCUAGUUUAGCAGCUUCAAUUUUAAGUGGACUUACUCAGUUAUUGUUUGGUGCUGUUGGAGAAUUGGCAAAUAAUGCAGCUACAAGGUUUAAAGAAACAGGAUUGCAAGUUAUUACCAAUAUAGUUUCUACUUUCUGGGGUGAUGAUGCAGCAGAGAAGGUGAAAGAAGUUGCAACAAAUAUUGUUGAUGGACUUGCUAAAGGAAUUAAGGAUAAUCUUAACGAAUCUGCUACAUGGGUUCGUGAUGCGUUCCAAAAAGUAAUUGAUGCAGUUAAGAAAUUUUUCGGAAUCAACUCACCUAGCACCGAGUUUGCAAAGUUGGGUGCUUUCUGCGUGGAAGGCUUGAAAGAGGGAAUGAUUAAUACCAUUUCUAAUAUAAAAGAAUGGAUUUCUAGUAACAUAAUGGACAAAAUCCAAUCUGCUUUUAAAGUUGGAGAGUAUGUCAUUGACUUCUGUGCAAAUAUUACAAGUUGGUUGGAAAAUCUCGUUGGAGAUAAAAAUAUUGACUUUUGUGCAAAACUUACUUCUUGGUUGGAAAAACUGGGUGGAAAUAAUAAGUACAUAAACUUUGUUGCAAAAAUGACAUCAUGGUUGCUUGGAAUGAAAAAAGAUGCAAAAGAUGGUACAGUUGAUUCAAUUAACUACAAAGCUAAAAUAUCAUCUUGGUAUAAAGCUGCUGGACUUGAUACAACAAUGGUGUUUACAGCUAAAGUUGGUAAAGUUAUGGCAAGUACAGCCGAAGGUAUUACUGAUAAGAUUAUACAAGAACAGGCUAGUAGAAAAGCUAAUGGUGGUGCUUUCUUUGGUGGAGCUUGGCAUAAUAUAGCACAAUUUGCUUCUGGUGGUAUUCCAGGACAUGGAACUUUAUUUGUUGCUGGCGAAAAUGGUGCUGAAGCAGUUACCAAUAUUGGUGGAAGAACAGAGGUGUUGAACCAAUCACAAAUGGCAAGCGUUAUGUAUAGUUCGGUGUUUAGUGCUAUGCAGGCUGCAAUGAGUAAUGGUUCUCAGCCUAUUCAAGUUUAUUUGGAUGGCAAGGUUGUAUUUGAUAGCACAAGACAGUAUGCACAAGAUUACGCAAGAAGAAAUGGUAUUCCAGCAUUUUAA